AUGUUCGAGGUUGGCGCCGGAGAUCUAGCCCUCGACACUACUGCGCUGGUCAAGUCCGGGACUGUUGCGACAUUCGAGUACACCGACAAACAGGUGACCAUACCCCCAACCUUGUCCCGCUAUCGCGGUCGGGGAGAUAAUAUCUCACCGGAUCACCACACCAACCAGUCCCCAAUCAAAAUGGCUACCGGCUAUGCGAUCAGCCCAGAGCCCCCGGCGCUCUUCGUCCGGGCUAUGUACGAUUAUGAUGCCGAUGACCAUACUAGCCUCAGCUUCCGCCGUGGCGACAUUAUUCAAGUUCUCAACCAGCUAGAGACAGGAUGGUGGGAUGGUGUUAUCGAUAAUGUUCGAGGUUGGUUCCCGAGUAACUACUGUACCAUACUCGCGGAAGAGGAGGACUUCGGCGACCACUUCCCACACAGCCACGAUACCGAGCUCAGCGCGGACUCCGGACUCGAAGAUGAAUAUGGCGAUAGACACGAAGAGGAGGAAGUGGACUCCGAGGGUAAAUCUCGGGAUUAUCAGCCUAUGCUCCCCAUCGAGAGCAUCCCCGCGCCUAAGGAGCAGGAAGAGGCCGCAUUCUGGAUCCCACAAGCGACACCCGACGGCCGCCUUUUCUACUUCAAUACUUUAACGGGAUAUUCCACCAUGGAGUUACCUUUCGAGAACCCAACAGCCACAACUGAAAAUGGCCCACGAGAUCGAACCAACUUCUUUGUCCCCGAUCAGACGCGACCACCCCCGGAGCUAAUGGCGCGCGGGUUCGAGCGAGAUGAAGAUGAGUAUGACGGCUCUGCAUCGGAGGCAGAAGGGGAGUCAUUGAUGUUAGCUUCGCAAGACUCUAUCUCUCGCCGGCGUCAAUCUUUGAUGGAUGGUGUAUCACCGGCCACGUCCAUGGACUCCUUAUAUGCUCCGACCACGAAAGACUCCAAAUCUUCCCAGCCGUCAAUCAAGGCCCUGCAGACAACAUACAGUUUGGGAGGACACAGCAACAGCACCGCCACCUCUGUGGCCGAAAGCUUUUCCAGACCUUCUAUUUCUUCAAAUUUCCCCCAGCAUUUUGUUGAUGAUGGUUUCGCUCCCCCAAUCACUUGGCCUUUGCUGGUCGAUAAUAUGCGGUACGCCGUUGAGGCUUACACUCAGACACUUGUGAACGGUGACCGUGCAGAGUAUGUGCGAAAAGCCGAGGACAUUUCCGAUCAUCUACGUAUGCUACUGGCUGCUGGAUCUGACACGACGGAUAACCAUUCGGGCAACCCAUCCAUAAUUUCCACUAACAAGGCUUUGUAUCCUCACUUCCGGGAUAUGAUGUCUAAGUUUUCCAAAUUGGUCCUUUCAUCGCAUAUUGCCGCUGCUGACUGGCCUGGAGCCGACUCAGUCAACAAGUGCCUGCAGGAGGCCGAAGGAGUCAUGCAAGGGGUGUAUGGGUAUGUGGACGUGGCUCAACAGCAACGCGGAGACGCUAUCCACCGCAUCGUACCUGGUUUCAUUAGCGGCAGCUCUUCCGGAGAACAAUGGCGUUUCCCUGAAUACAUCGGGCCCAACAUCAUUUCUGGUCCCAGAUGGGGGGAUUCACGAGCCGAGCCAUCGGUUCACUUGGACGCCGCCUUCCUGGACUCUAUUGAUAUCCUUCGAAGAUCGUUUGUUGGUAGCAUUCGUCGACUAGAAGAGCGAUUGAUGAUUAAUCGGAACAUUGUCACCCCUGAAGAACAUCGGGACAUUGCGGAUGCAAUCUCAGCAGCUGCGAUCAAAGUUAUUGAGCAGUUCCGUCCAUGGAUUUCAUCCGUUGAGUCAAUGAACCUGGCACCGCUCGGAACCAGCUUCCAAAACCCUCAGCUUGUAGACUUCAGCUUGCAGAAGCAGCGAGUCUAUGAUGCAAUUGGUGAUUUUGUCUUGAAUUGUCAGGCCAUUUCUGCUCCUCUAGCUGAUGAAUGGGCCGAGCUCCGCGGCGAUUCGCUUGACGAUCGCGUGAAUGCUGUGCGCGGCAUUGCCAGACAGUUGGAGAACUACGUAUCCCAGAUCGGCUUCUCAUUGUCUCUGCUUCUGGAACAAAUUCCAACAGAACCCAGCCCAUCCCUACGAAGUGAAAGCCGCCAAGAAGUGGACGAUGACAAGUUCAAGAAUACCCACGCUCGAGGCGAGUCCCAGGCGAAGAUUGCUACGGAGUCAAUCGGCAUUCCAUCUUCUUACGCCCCUGAAAACGAGGGUACGAAGGUCCGAAGAAAUAUGGACAAGGCACAGCGAUUCUUUGGCCAGGCACCACCAACAGCCAUCACCCGAGAGCCAAUUCGGGAGCCAGUUCGUGAACCCGAAGAGACUCCCUGGUUCCUCAAAAUGGCACACGAAGGUGAAGUGUUUUACGAUACCAAGACCGACUCGCCAAUACUUAAAUGCGGAACACUCGCCGGAUUGGUAGAACAACUCACUCGUCACGAUAAGCUCGAUGCAUCUUUCAACAAUACCUUCCUCCUCACCUAUCGCUCUUUCACCACCGCCUCGGAAUUGUUUGAGAUGCUUGUUCAGCGGUUCAACAUCCAGCCUCCAUUCGGGUUGAGUCAAGAUGACAUGCAAAUGUGGAUUGAUCGCAAACAGAAACCUAUUAGAUUCCGUGUUGUCAACAUUCUCAAGAGCUGGUUUGAUCACUUCUGGAUGGAACCUAAUGACGAAGUGAACAUGGAUCUCCUGCGACGAGUUCAUACUUUUACCCGUGACUCUAUCGCUACCACGAAGACUCCAGGAACCCCUACAUUACUAGCUGUGAUUGAUCAGCGACUUCGAGGACAGGACACAACUUCGAAGCGCCUUGUUCCGACUCAGAGCACCGCCGCCCCGCAGCCAAUUAUUCCUAAGAACAUGAAGAAACUCAAAUUCCUUGACAUCGAUCCAACCGAGUUUGCUCGACAGUUGACUAUCAUUGAGUCGCGCCUUUAUUCCAAGAUUCGACCGACCGAGUGUUUGAACAAGACAUGGCAGAAGAAAGUUGGUCCUGAUGAGCCUGAACCGGCCUCUAACGUAAAGGCUUUAAUUCUUCACUCUAACCAGCUCACCAACUGGGUUGCUGAGAUGAUCCUUACCCAAGGUGAUGUCAAAAAGCGUGUCGUAGUCAUCAAGCACUUUGUGAAUGUGGCUGAUAAAUGUCGCGCUUUGAACAACUACUCUACCCUGACAUCGAUCAUUUCAGCUCUCGGAACUGCCCCCAUUCAUCGUCUAGGUCGGACCUGGAGCCAGGUCAGCGGGCGCACGUCUGCGAUUCUGGAGCAAAUGCGUCGACUUAUGGCUAGUACGAAGAACUUUGGCGAAUACCGAGAGACUUUGCAUCUCGCUAACCCGCCCUGUAUUCCAUUUUUCGGUGUCUAUCUUACGGAUUUGACCUUCAUUGAGGAUGGUAUUCCGUCUCUCACACCUUCAGAAUUGAUCAAUUUCAAUAAGCGGGCAAAGACCGCCGAAGUCAUUCGGGAUAUCCAGCAAUACCAAAAUGUGCCUUACCUUCUGACACCAGUCGGUGAGCUCCAGGAUUACAUUCUCAGCAACCUCCAAGGUGCUGGCGACGUACACGACAUGUACGAACGAAGUCUAGAGAUCGAGCCUAGGGAGCGCGAGGACGAAAAGAUUGCAAGGUAUGCUGAAGCCACAACCAGAGACAAGGGCUCCUUGUUGUUUGCAUCCACUGUCGCUAUUUUGCGAUAA